AUGGACAUCCUGCAGGCUCUGCUGCUCUUCCCACUCCUGGCCCCUCCGUUAAGGAUCCUUGCCCUGGGAGCCACUUCUGGACUUCAGCAAACCAACUUUACCUCCGCCUCCUCCUUGGACUCAGCCAGCUCCUCCCUCAGCCUGGGCUCCAAAGUUCCCUCCAUCAAACCACCCAGCCAGAACUUUCCAAAACUCUCUCUGGAUUCACAAGCCUCUGCUGAAGUUCCUGAUUCCAACUGGCUUCCCAAGGCCCGAAAUUCAAAUGAUGUGUCUGAGUCCCUCUGGUCAAAUAUUUCUGCCGAGGGUCAACAUUUGAGCCCCCAUCCCACCUUCUCUAAGAUUCCUGGUUCAGAAGUGUUUCCUGAGAGGUUGGAUUCCCCAGUUCCUGCCAAAAGUCCUGUGCCUUCCUUCUCUGUUAAGACCACAACUUCAAACAUUUCUGCUCAAUUUCCUGACUCCAAAGUGACUGUUGAGGCCCCAGAUUCAAAACUCCCCCCUGAGAAUCGGGACCUUGAAUUCUCUCCCCAGAGACCCCAAUCCAAAGUUCCUCUGGAGACCCACUCAGCUGCAAGCUUCCCCCAGCAGGUUGGGGGUCCUCUUGCUGUGCUGGUGGGGACUACCAUCCGACUCUCCCUGGCUCCAGCCCCCAGCCCUGUUCCUCCUGCCCCUCUGGUAGUUUGGCGAAGAAGCUCCAAGGUACUAGCAGCUGGGGGCUUGGGGCCAGGGGCUCCUCUGAUCAGCCUGGACCCUGCACACAGAGACCGCCUGAGAUUCGACCAGGCCCGAGGGGGGCUGGAACUUGCCUCUGCCCAGCUGGAUGAUGCCGGGGUCUACACGGCUGAGGUCAUCCGGGGUGGGGUCUCUCGGCAGAUUCAGGAGUUCACAGUCAAUGUGUAUGAGCCCAUUCCCCAGCUGUCUGUGCAGCCAGAGACCCCAGAGACGGAGGAGGGGGCGGCGGAGCUCCGGCUGCGCUGUGUGGGCUGGAAACCAGGCUGUGGGCAGCUGAGCUGGACCAGAGACGGCCGUGCUCUGAAUGCAGCGGAUUCUGAGGGAGCAGAGUCGUCCCGGAUCCGCGCAGAGGGCGACCAGCUGCUCAUCGCUCGCCCUGUGCGCAGCGACCAUGGGCGGUACACCUGCCGCGUCCGCAGCCCCUUUGGCCACACCGAGGCUGCGGCCAACGUCAGCGUCUUCUACGGUCCGGAUCCGCCUGUCAUCACAGCGUCUUCCAAUCGAGACGCCGCCCCGGACCUGUAUGUCACUGCGGGCAGCAACGUGACCUUGCGCUGCACCGCCGCCUCGCGGCCGCCGGCUGACAUUACGUGGAGCCUGGCGGACCCGGCCGAGGCCGCAGUGCCCGCGGGGCCGCGCCUCCUGCUGCCAGCCGUCGGGCCAGGCCACGCGGGCGCCUACGCCUGCCUCGCAGCGAACCCGCGCACUGGCCGCCGGCGCCGCUCGCUGCUCAACCUGACGGUGGCAGAUCUGCCCCUCGGGCCCCCAAAGUGCUCAGUAGAAGGGGGUCCUGGGGACCGCAGCCUCCACUUCCGCUGCUCGUGGCCCGGCGGGGUACCUGCAGCCUCCCUGCAGUUCCAAGGUCUCCCCCGCGGCGUGCGCGCKGGUCCGGAGCCCUCCGAGCUCCUGGCGGUGGUUCCCGCCCACCCCCAGCUCAGUGGAGUCCCCGUCGUCUGCCUUGCUCGCCACCUGGUGGCCACGCGCACCUGCACUGUCACCCCGGGUGAGAGAAGGGAACUUUCCUUUGGUCCUUUGGGACUUGGGUCCAGGCCCAGCCUCCUCCCUCAGACCCAGGGUCCAGGCCCAGCCUCCUCCCUCAGAAGCAGAAAGCUGGGCCCCUAGCUCCUUCCUCUUUCCAGAUACAGGAAUGUAGCUCUCCAUGUAGGGGAUUUAGGAGUCCAGUUCCCUUUCCCUCUCCUCUCUAGCUCCCAAGAAUCCAGCCACCCCCUCCCCUCAUCCCCAGGCCCCUCCAUCGCCUCAUGGAGGCUGCAGAGAGCCCGGGAUGCGGCAGUGCUGACUUGGGAUGUGGAGCGUGGGGCCCUGAUCAGCAGCUUUGUGAUCCAGGCACGGACAGAGGGACCUGAACUGGGCAGAGCCACAGCCUAUGAGGACUGGAUCUCCCUGCUUAUCCUGGGGCCUCGGGAGCGCUCAGCUGUGCUGCCCCUCCCUCCUCAGACCCCCAGGGCCUGGACCUUGCGCAUCCUGCCCAUACUGGGGUCCCAGCCAGGGUCUCCAUCCCAAAGCCGGGUCUACCAGGCAGGCCCCACCUUGGGCCCCGGUGCCAUUGCUGGCAUUGUCCUGGGCUCCCUAUUAGGUGUGGCACUGCUCAUCACGCUCCUUCUCCUCUGCAUCUACUGCCUGCCGCGCUACCGGGCGAAGGCGCCAAAGAAAAAGAAGCAUCCUGCAGCCUUGGCUCCUGUGGUCAUCUCUCCAGAGGAGAAGAUGCAGACUGUGAGCCCAGUUCAGACCCCACAGCCACUGCCCCUCCAAGUCCCUCUGAAGGACUCUAACCAAGCCAAGGCCUACCAAGCCACCAGCCCCAGUCCAGUCAUCUUUCCAGGUGGGGGACCAAGAACUGUUCGGACAGCCACGCAGGUGUGAUCCGAGCCAGUGCCCCACUCUUCACGGGGGAUUUUGGGGCAAGGAUCCUGUUUUGCCCCAGCAGCAAGUAGGGCCAGCUAUGACUGAGGGCUGGGCCCUGAAAGUGGGACUCCCUGUCUCGUCACAGAGAAGACUUACCCUGUGUUUGUAGACUCCUGGGACAGGAGGUCCUGCACAUCCAACAGUGCAGUUCUCACAAGCCCCAGCUCUGGGGCGGACAGGCAGGGCCGGCGUGCUCCUCUGAGCUGGAGGGGAGCCUGCCCAGGUUCCCUGAAGUGGUCUCCUGUCUUCAUCUUGCCUCCUCUGGGCCACACCCACUCCAGCUCCCAGGCUUCGUCCUUCUCUUUAGACUCUUUAGAUUUUAUCUAAACUCCUCAAGGACCUCCAAGGUCUUGUGCUUUGGCCU